UCUCAUUCCAUUGAGAUAGAAUUCCACUCUCGAAUCCUUUUGUUAAAUUGCAGCCUCUGAUUCCAACAUCUCUUAACCUCAAUUUCAAUCUCUGCAACUUUCACACCAUGGUCGAUUUCCACCCCGAAAUUUCCGUUUCGCCACCGACCCACGACGGCCUCUACUUCUGGCAGUUCAUGAUCGCCGGGUCAAUUGCAGGGUCUGUCGAACACAUGACCAUGUUUCCAGUGGACACUCUCAAGACACGCAUACAAGCCAUCGGCGGAUCUUCAACAGUCCGACAAGCACUCGGCUUGAUUCUAAAGAUGGAAGGUCCGGCCGGGCUGUACAGUGGAAUUGGGGCAAUGGGUCUCGGUGCAGGACCUGCACAUGCCGUCUACUUCUCAGUAUAUGAAUUCUGCAAAGAGGGGUUUUCAGUUGGAAAUCUUAACAACUCAUUAGCACACGCCAUUUCUGGGGUGUGUGCAACGGUGGCGAGCGACGCUGUGAUAACGCCGAUGGAUGUGGUGAAACAGAGGCUGCAGUUGAAGAGCAGUCCUUAUAAAGGAGUGGGAGACUGCGUGAGGAGAAUUUUGGUUGAGGAAGGAAUUGGGGCGCUCUAUGCAUCUUAUCGGACCACGGUGCUGAUGAAUGCACCGUACACGGCUGUCCAUUUUGCCACUUAUGAAGCGGCAAAAAGGGGAUUGAAGGAGAUCUCACCGGGAAGUGACAACGACGAGAGGCUGAUUGUUCAUGCUACAGCCGGAGCAGCAGCUGGGUCUCUUGCUGCUGCUCUUACAACGCCAUUAGACGUUGUGAAAACUCGGCUGCAAUGCCAGGGAGUAUGUGGGUGUGACAGGUUUUCAAGCAGUUCAAUUGGGUACGUACUUGGGCGUGUCGUGAAGCAGGACGGCUACAAUGGGCUGAUGAAGGGAUGGAUUCCACGGGUGCUUUUCCAUGCGCCCGCUGCUGCGAUUUGCUGGUCCACCUACGAGGCUUCAAAAACCUUCUUUCAACAGCUCCACCAUAGCAACAAUUAGAAGAAGCUGCGCCCAUUUGUUUACUCACUGGAAAGACUUUCACAACAGGAGUAAACAAAGAGGUCACCACUUACAAUAAUAUUGUAUUCCAAUAUCAGUGAUGCCAUCCAAUAAAAUAAAUUUACAGAUAUGAGUU